UGCAUACGUACUAGCUACCACUGUUGGUCUGUCACGCCGGAGGCAGGUCGCAGUUAUUACUUUAACCCGGGGCCCCAUCGGCGAUGGCGGCCAACGGCGGUGACCACACGAGCGCUAGACCGCACGUUGUCCUGCUCCCUAGCGCCGGCAUGGGCCACCUGGUCCCGUUCGCCCGCCUGGCGGUGGCGCUGUCGGAGGGACACGGCUGCAACGUGUCCGUGGCCGCGGUGCAGCCCACCGUGUCGUCGGCGGAGUCCAGGCUCCUCGACGCGCUCUUCGUCGCCGCGGCCCCGGCCGUCCGCCGGCUCGACUUCCGCCUGGCGCCGUUCGACGAGUCCGAGUUCCCGGGCGCCGACCCUUUCUUCCUCCGCUUCGAGGCCACGCGCCGGUCCGCGCCGCUGCUCGGCCCGCUCCUCGACGCCGCCGAGGCGUCCGCGCUCGUCACGGACAUCGUUCUGGCGUCCGUCGCCCUGCCCGUCGCCAGGGAGCGGGGCGUCCCGUGCUACGUCCUCUUCACGUCCUCUGCCGCGAUGCUCUCCCUAUGCGCCUAUUUCCCCGCCUACCUCGACGCCCACGCCGCCGCCGGCAGCGUGGGCGUGGGCGUCGGCAAUGUCGACAUCCCCGGCGUGUUCCGGAUCCCAAAGUCAUCCGUCCCGCAGGCGCUGCACGACCCCGACCAUCUCUUCACCCAACAGUUCGUCGCCAACGGUCGCUGCCUCGUGGCCUGUGACGGCAUCCUUGUCAACACGUUCGACGCCUUUGAGCCGGACGCCGUUACGGCCCUGCGCCAAGGCUCCAUUACUGUCUCCGGCGGCUUCCCGCCUGUGUUCACCGUGGGGCCCAUGCUUCCGGUGAGAUUUCAGGCGGAGGAGACGGCGGAUUACAUGAGAUGGCUCAGCGCGCAGCCGCCACGGUCUGUGGUCUACGUCAGCUUCGGCAGCCGUAAGGCCAUACCGAGGGACCAGCUCCGGGAGCUCGCAGCCGGGCUCGAGGCCAGCGGCAAACGGUUCCUGUGGGUGGUGAAGAGCACCAUCGUGGACCGGGACGACACCGCCGACCUCGGCGGCCUGCUUGGUGACGGGUUCCUCGAGCGAGUGCAGGGGCGCGCGUUCGUUACCAUGGGGUGGGUGGAGCAAGAGGAGAUCCUGCAGCACGGUUCCGUCGGCCUAUUCAUCAGUCACUGCGGGUGGAACUCGUUGACGGAGGCAGCGGCGUUCGGUGUGCCGGUGCUAGCGUGGCCGAGGUUCGGCGACCAGCGCGUCAACGCCGCACUGGUGGCGCGCAGCGGGCUGGGCGCGUGGGAGGAGGGGUGGACCUGGGAUGGAGAGGAAGGGCUGACGACUCGAAAGGAGGUGGCUAAGAAGAUAAAAGGCAUGAUGGGGUAUGAUGCGGUGGCGGAAAAGGCAGCGAAGGUCGGCGACGCCGCCGCCGCGGCAAUAGCCAAGUGCGGCACGAGCUACCAGAGCUUAGAGGAAUUCGUUCAGCGGUGUCGGGACGCGGAGCGUAAGUAGGCUCGAC